AUGGAACCCGGAAAGCCCCUCCCCGUCUACGAGAAGGCAUCCUCAUACCGGCAUGUCGAGUAUGGCAGAAAACGACCCGACCCCGAGUCGCGACCUCAAAGGAACUACUUGGUGACACGCGUCUUACCCGCCGUCCUCACAUUACUGGCGACGCUAUGGUUGUUUCGCGCCACGUUUGUCUGCCACCACCACUAUAACCCUGGCUUGUCGCCGCAUCGGACGGCCGAGCUCGACGAGCUAGGAGAUAGAGAUACAGUGCCGCUGGAGAUCCAUAUCAUGUCCAAAUGCCCCGACGCACGAGACUGUCUGCGUGAAUUGGUCGUGCCAACGAUGGAACAAGUCAGCGAUAAAGUCAACUUUACAAUGUCAUUUCUUGGAAGUAUUGAUCCUCAUUCCGAUGCGGUGACCUGUUUACACGGCCCCGGCGAAUGCCUCGGUAACGUCAUCCUCCUCUGCGCUGCGACAAUAUCCACCGAUGUCAAGGUCUGGCUGGGGUUUGCCAAUUGCAUGAUCUCCGAUUACCAGGAUAUCCCCAAGCGAGAUUUGGUCGAGGACUGCGCCCUGGAACAUGGCGUUGACUUUCAAAAGCUCAAUUCUUGCAUCAGUGAGGAAGGAGAGGGUGUCGGCUUGCUACGAGAGAGCAUUCUGAGGAGCCAGGAGAACAACGUCACAAAGAGCUGCACAGUGCGACUGGCUGGCAAGAUAAGAUGUAUACGCGACGGCGGCAAAUGGUAUGACUGUCCAGGAGGCAGUUCGGUGCAGGAGCUGGUGCAUGACAUCAAUGAUCUGUACGACAAGGAGAGUGUCUGA